AUGGUUGGCUGCAUUCCAGAGUUACUUGUUCAAAAAGAUAUUAAUGGUAGCUCAGUUAGCUUAUCUGGUGUGAUGAGGAAUUCCCCCAAUUCAAUGAAGGAUUCAUACGCCCUAGAUUAUGCCACCAUGAUGGCUAACUUAGCAUUCAAUUUUGAGAUUCAUCAUGGUGGGCAUACAAGUAGAUAUCAUUAUCUUAUUCCUGGAGGUAAUUUGAAGCAAGGGUUAAGGCUUAUAAAUGGAGAUGAUGAUGUUGUUUAUAUGUGUGAGAUCCAUGCUGCAUGGCCUAUAGAUAAGAUAACACUAUAUGUUGAGGGUGGUGAGGAGCCACUUGCAGUUGAACAACUAUUUGGUAAUGAGGAAGUAGCAAAUGAUGAUGAUGUGCAUGAGGUGGGUGAGAGUGAUGAUGAUGUGCAUGAGGGAGGUAAUGUGGAUGCUGAAGGAGAUGAUAUUGAUUGGUUAGAGGAAGGGUUUGAGGGGCCAGAUUUUAAUGAUGAUGUAUUUGGAAAUGUAGAUGAUGGGUCAUCUACACAUGCAGCCUCACAUAGGCCCUCUGAAGGAGAUGAUGGGCCAUCUACCCAUGAGGAUGUACAUGUGUAUGCAGCCCCACAUAGGAAUACUGCAGCUGACAAUGACCCACCUCUUAAAGAGGGUGAAUGGAUUGACCCACCUCUUGAAGAUGACAUGGAAAGUCUAGUAGGGUCUGAUGAUGAUCAGCCAGCACCAGCUGCAAAAGAACCUGAGUUUAAUGUCCAAACUGACAUGAGAAAGCCAGAGUUAAGGAAAGGAAUGAAGUUUCCAAACUCUAAAGUAUUUAGGAAGGCAUUGAGGGAAUAUGCGAUAAAGAAGCCAGUAAAUAUCAAGUUCAAGCUGAAUGAGAAGAAGAAUAUAUCAGUUUAUUGCAUCAAUGAAUGUGGAUGGAGGUGUUAUGCAUCUCAACUACCUGAAGAGUUGACAUUCCAAAAAAAAACAUUCAAUCUAGAGUGCACUUGCCCUAGAUCCUUCAAACACAGCCAAGUGACUUCAACUUAUGUUGCAAAGAAGUUUAUGCAUGAGCUUGACAAAAACCCCAAUUGGAAAGUGGCUGGUGUUCAACAUCAUGUGAAGCAAGCACUUGAAGUUGACAUAAGUUACAGUCAAGUGUAUAGGGCAAAAAGGAAAGCUACUGACUUGAUUACUGGGGAUGAACAACUGCAAUAUGGGAAACUUAGGGAUUAUGCAGAGAUGAUAAGAUUGAAUGAUAAAGGAAGUAGGGUUAUUUUGCAAACUGAAAUGGAAGAUUAA